CAAAGACUCAUUCAACACCACCAGAAUCACUCAAACCUCUCGUCGAGGAUCGCCGGGCGCUCAACCACCACGCUCUUCCCCUCUCCUCUAUCUACAAUCGCCAAGAUGAUGCGCUCCCAGCUUCAUGCUGUCGGCCGCCUGGCCAAGCCCUCCGCGGCCUCUCCUAGACUCGCAUCCGCAGCUCGCACUCAGAUCACCAGCGCAGCAUCAAAACCGACAGCUACAACGACGAGAUCCCUCACGACCGCGACGCGCACCACCUCGAGACCGAUCGUCCACGCCUACGCCGCCCUCUCCUCCUCCCAAUACCGCUCCUUCAGCACCACCCGCAUCCAGCAUGGCGAGGUCAUCAUCACCGUCCCGCAAAUGGCCGAGUCCAUCACCGAAGGCACCAUCGCCUCCAUUGGCAAGCAGGUCGGCGACCGCGUCGAGGCCGACGAAGAGGUCGCCAGCAUCGAGACAGACAAGAUCGACGUCGCCGUGAACGCUCCCGAGGAGGGCACCAUUGUCGAGCUCUUCGUCGCCGAGGGCGACACUGUCGAAGUCGGACAGAAACUCGCGCGCAUGGAGACGGGCGGCGCACCCGCCGAGAAGAAGGAGGAGUCUCAACCGGAGAAGAAGGAAGAGCCCAAGUCCGAAAGCAAAUCCGAGCCCGCUGCCGCGCCGGCUCAGGAGCAGGAGAAUGAGCCCGAGGCGCCCAAGAAGGAGGAGAGCAAGCCCGCACCGGCACCACCCAAACCCGCUGCUCCCCAACAACAACAGCAACAACAGAAGCCUGCGUCCGAGGUCCCCUUCGGCGCGACGGGCUCCUUCUCCCGCGGCGAGCGCGUCGAGAAGUUGCCGCGCAUGCGCAAGACCAUUGCCACGAAGCUCAAGCAGUCGCAAAACAUGACGGCCUCGCUGACGUGCAUCGAGGAAGUCGACAUGACCAACCUGAUGGCCUGGCGCGCCAAGAACAAGGAGGCCGUCAUGAAGCGCUACGGCGUCAAGCUCGGCUACAUGGGCGCAUUCACCAAGGCGACGUGUCUUGCCGCGGAGCGUGUGCCCCAGAUCAACGCCGCCAUGGAUACCGAGAAGGAGCUUAUCACGUACAGGGAUUACGUUGAUAUCAGCAUCGCCGUGUCUGCGCCCAAGGGUCUCGUUACGCCUGUGCUGCGUAACGUGGAGAGUUUGGAUAUCGUUGGUAUUGAGCGUGGUGUCGCUGAGCUGGCCGACAAGGCCCGCAAGAGCAAGCUCGCCAUGCCCGAUCUCGAGGGCGGCAACUUCUCCAUCAGCAACCCCGGCAUCUUUGGCUCCAUGUUCGGAACCCCCGUCAUCAACUACCCCCAGGCCGCCAUCUUCAACAUGAACGGCAUCAAGGAGCGCGUCGUCGUCGUCGACGGCAAGCUCGAGAUCCGCCCCAUGAUGUACAUCACCGUCACCUACGACCACCGCCUCAUUGAGCAGCGCGAGGCCGAGGCCUUCCUUGGCGCCGUCAAGGGUUACAUCGAGGACCCCUCCAGCCUUCUUCUCUAAACAUGGAAUAAGGUCUCUGUUUGUUUUGCGUUGAGGAGAGACAGUUCGUGGGUGAAGGGGCAUAGACUGCGCACGGCUACGGUUUCUUGUAGCAUCGUGCCGAAUUGUAUUUUACUUUGUAAAUCGGUGGAGUGGGAUUGGAUUGACAGCAUUGCCGUGCGGGCACUGGGGGCGUACGAUUGCUGCAUCUUAGAAACCUUAGAUGGGGGGCUCGGUCAUAGAUAAUCCGGAGA